AUGUCGGGGUUUGAAAUCGCUGGUAUCGUCCUUGGCGGCUUCCCGAUUCUCAUUGAGGCGGCAAAGCCGCUCGUACGGUACCUUCAGGGCGCCGAGCGGUGGUGGCACUUUAAGCGAGACUUUAUGGCCCUCGUUUCAACGAUAGAGGACGAGUCGAUUGCCUAUUCUCAAAAUUUGGAGCUUCUCCUGACGCCAGUCGACAUUGAUCCCGGGGCCAAGGCCAUCUUGCAGGAAGACUCUCGGUCGAAGCUAUGGCAUGAUCCAGACAUUCAGGCAAAGCUCAAGGGCCGCGUCAAGAGCCAGUACAUGUUAUGGUUUCAAAGACAGUUGCUGGAAAUGAGAGAGGCCCUGGGCGAGCUACAUAGCAUGUUACCUGUCAGCCCGGAUGGAAAGGCAAGGGCACUCCUCUGCAGCAGCAAUUGUGUUAUCGCAACCCGUCGACUUCCCAAGGGUCUUUACACUGGAUUACGAACUAUUCAGGCUCAGACAAAGCUUCUCGACCCGGAGACAACAUCUGUUGGAUACGAUCGUACGCAUCAAUGA